AUGGAAGACGCAGUACGAUAUCAAUACCUACCCCUCGCCAAAGACAAUAAUGACGGUUCGACGCGCUUACUUCAGCUCUUACCCGGCGCAACUGGCGAACCGAUCAAGGGCAGCAUUGUGAACGUGAACCUCUGCGACAACCCAGGCUACGAAGCUCUGAGCUAUUGCUGGGGCGAUACUGCCAAUACCAUUCGUAUUUAUAUUGGGAAAGAAUAUAUCGACGUAACACGAAAUCUUCACGACGCUUUAGUCAAGCUGCGCGACAAGGAAGACCCUAGAACUCUUUGGAUUGAUGCCAUCUGUAUUAAUCAAUAUAAUGUUUUAGAACGAUCGCAGCAAGUCGGAAUCAUGGGGCAGAUCUACAAGCAGGCCAAGAAGACCUUGGUUUGGCUUGGUCUAGAAACCGCGAAUACUGCUAGAGCUUUCGAACUUAUCCCAUACCUCCUAGCGAUAUUUGAGGAAGCGUUUCAAGGGAAACCACGUCCAGUUCGUCUUGAUCUCCGUAUUUUAAGGCAUCCUAGUAUAUUGCGAGUUUAUGAGCAAGUACGCUUGUUUGAACCUUUUAUUCAAUUGGAACAGCGCCCAUACUUCUCAAGAAUCUGGAUAAUUCAAGAAAUUGCUCUCUCGUCUAAUAGCGUUUCAUUAUUUUGGGGGCAAUACUGCCUAUCCUGGGAAGAGUAUUUCGCAGCAGCGUAUACAUUCGCUUGUCUCGAAGUUCGGAAAGCGAACCUUCACCAACCUCUUGGCGCAUUCCCUGCGUUGGUCAUGGCCGUUCUACAACUAAGAGCGUCGAAGAGCACAUCGCUGAUAAGCCUCCUGGACCAAUAUCGACGAAAAGACUCUACUGAUCCACGGGAUAAAGUGUUUGCGCUGUUAGGAAUUGCUGGAUCGAAAGACAUCUUAUCUCUGAGCUGCAAAGUUGACUAUAAUAUGACUGUCGUCGAGGUCUAUACAAAUCUCGCUAGCUCGUACAUACAGAGAGACGAUAACCUUGAUAUACUCAGUUACACUCAAUGUGGCCCUAGUAUACCCUGCCUGCCUUCAUGGGUGCCCGAUUGGACAAGCCGGGAAGAUAUGCCAAUUAAUUUUAGGGUACCAAACUGUUCAGGCAUUCGUUUCGAUCACCACGCUGGAAGCGACAGUGGCUGCGGUACAAGCAUAUAUGUGAACGGAAAAACUUUAACUAGCCAGGGCGUUCUUCUUGACCAGAUUACGAGAACCUCGGGUUUGAUCGACAAAGCGUGGGGUAUAGGCUGCUGCAAUGCUCAUGCUUGGGAAACAAUUGCAGAAUUGAAGGAGAGGGGUAGUUACGUCGCUGGAGGCACAGCCAUGGAUGCCUUCUUUAUGACUCAACUUGCUGGCUGUCCGAAACUUCAAUAUGAUAUCAUGAAAGGAAGGUUUCAGGAGCUAUGGGAGGAAGCAAAAAAGCAUACUCCAAAGAAAACGAUUCAAGGUUCCCUUACUGUGUCAACUGCAGAAGGUUCACAGCUACAGAGGGUUAAUCUGAUACCAAUAGAUGACCGGGAAACAGGAGAGAUUGAAGCUCUUCUAUCGUCAAGCCUUCAAUACACCAAGAGGAGGCGGUUUGCGAUGACUUCUAGGGGAUACUAUGGGUUAGUGCCAGCCAAAGCUACUCCUGGCGACCAGAUUGCCAUUUUGAAAGGGGCAAAUUACCCUUUUGUCUUGCGUGCGCAAGGGCAAAGCUGGAAACUUGUGGGCGAAUGCUAUGUACAUGGAGUCAUGAAUGGAGAGGCAUUUGAUGCAACCGCCUGCGAGGAAGUGUUAAUAGAUUAA